UGCAUUCCAAUUACAUUGGCGCGACCUCGACCUUAUAUCAGUCACCGCUCAGGUAUUCAAACACACAAUUUGGGACGGGGACACAGUUGACUAUGCAUGGGCACUUGCUACUGGGAGCAGUGCUGCUCUCGCUAGCUUCCUUUGGGGCAGGGCAGUUGGAGAACAAUUGUUUGAUUGAGAACACUCAAGGAUGCCGCCUAGAAAGGCCACCUAUUUACAUGAUCCUGGCACCAAAACGGGUGAGACCUAAUCAGGUGAUCCAGAUGUUUACAACCAUCCUGAAGCUGGAAUAUACACACGUCAAUGUCCGAAUAUCCAUCGUCAAGGAGAACAUUGAAUACACUGGGACUGUGAUGAAGUUUGAGAGGCCGUCCAGCAGGAUAAUGCAGUUGCAGAUGCCACAAAAUGCACAAGCUGGGCAGUACAGACUCAGGGUGGAGGGAACUCUGAAUGGCGGCACAAGUGGUUACAUAUUCCGCAAUGAGACCGACAUUGAGUUUGACACCAAACAAGCCUCUCUCUUCAUCCAGAUGAGCAAGCCAAUAUACAGACAAGGACAAAUGGUUCAAUUCCGAGUAAUUCCUAUUCUUCCCGACAUGAUGCCCAAAUAUGGAAGUAUGACGAUAUAUGUUGAGGAUCCAACUGGAAUUCCUGUGAGAAGAUGGCUGGGUUUGCAGACAAAUGCAGGAGGUCUUGUGAGUCAAAGCUUUGAACUUGCUGACCAGCCAAACUAUGGUAACUGGAGCAUCAGAGUGGAUGCCUUCGGACACACAUACAGGAAACGCUUUGUCGUGGAAGAAUUUUGGGAGCCUCGUUUUGAUGUGAACGUCUCAGUUCCCCCAUACAUUAUGGACAACAUCCAGAUCUUCCAGGGCGUGGUGCUAGCCAAUCAGACAAGUGGUCGUCCUGUGAUCGGCAAUGCCUCCAUUACGUUGAUGUUCAAGCCCAAGCCAGUACCAGGAAUUGACUACGGAAACAAUUUCCCCUACAUUUACAGGUUUAUUGAAUAUCAUCUUGGCCGUAUCGAUUUCAAGUUUACUAUCGAGGAAAUUCGUCAGCUAGCCGACAGAAUUAUACCUGGCCAGAAUUUAGUGGACUGCGAACUUGUAAUGAGUGUCAACGUCUCAGAUUGGCAUUCUGGUCUGAACCGGACUGGGGUUGCCAGCACCAUCAUUUUUAACAGCAACGUGAAGCUAAAGUGGGUCGGGGGACCAGUACGGACAUUCAAGCCAAACUCCAUCAUAACAGUUGCAGUUGCCGUGAUGAAGUACGAUGGGACUCCAGUGGAUACACCCAAUAAGAUCGUGCGUCUGUACUCCUCCAUGUCUAACUCGGGUCCUGCCCAGCUGCGGUACGAUCAGCCAGUGGACAAGUCACCUGUAGGAGGCAUCGUGGAGUUCGAGGUGUAUGCUGAUACAGAGGUCAAGGGCAUGAUGCUGGAGGCCGAAUAUGACAAUGAUCCUACAACUCGUAUUCAACUCCGUGGAACACGAUUCUUCUCUCAAAGCCAGAGUUACAUCACCGUAACAACCUCAACAGACAACCCAAAAGUCAAUGAAUAUAUGAUCUUCCAUGUGAGGACCAGCAACUUUGUGCCAAGGAUCUUCUACCAGGUGGUGUCAGGGGGAAACAUCAUCAUUGGAGAUGAGCUGGAGAUGACGUCAAGGCAGAAGACAUUUGCCAUAGCGUUGUCCCGGGAGAUGAUCCCCACGGCCAGGAUGGUUGUGUAUUAUCUGAAACAACCAGAGGAGAUUGUAGUCGAUGUCCUCAACUUCUUCGUCAACGGAACCAGACAGAACCAGGUCACACUAGAAAUCAACCGAGGCAAGGACUUCAGCCGUGACACUAUUGAGUUUAAUGCCUGGGCCGACCCUGGCUCGUAUGUUGCCUUCGCAGGCAUGCCCGUUGACUUGUACAAUCGGGGAAUGGAUGACGGCAUCAGUGAAAAAAACCUGAUCGAUGAGCUGGGGACUUAUGACCAGCCAGCCAAUGGCAGCUACCGCCAUCUGUGGAGAAUCAGCGACACAGAGUAUGAGUACAAGUUCUUCCAUGCCUCCGACUACGGCAUAGACACCAACACAACAUUCAAGACGUCUGGCCUCCUCAUACUGACAGAUGCAGAUGUUGGAAGGCUUAACAAUGUACAAUCCUGUGAGGAGCAGGGUCAGUUCCCCUGUUAUGCUGUAGACUCCUGUUACACGAGGGAGCAAAUAUGCGAUAAAGUCUUCACUUGUCCUGACGGUGCAGAUGAGCAGGGAUGCAUAUAUGAAGAUACUCAAGUACGUCAUGCCUCUGCCAUGGAUAGAGUGAGCAGAAUCAUGCGUUUCUAUGACAACAGUUCCUGGGCUUGGCAGGAAAUCUUUGUGAAACCUGACGGCCGUGUAGAUUUCCGUGUGGAUGUUCCUAAGUACCCUCUCUCGUGGGUGAUCAAUGGCCUGUCUGUGAGCAGAGAACUUGGUCUUGGAAUCAUGCAGAGACCAGUCCUGUAUGAUGCUGCCCGGUACAUGUACAUCCAAGUAGAAGCACCUGAAACCAUUGUGAGAGGAGAGCAGAUUGGAGUGAGAGUCACUGUCUUCAACUACUGGUACAAUGAUGACUACAUUGAGGUGCUUGUCACCAUGCAUGGUGGCCCAGACUAUGAGUUUGUGGUGGUGAAUGACAUGGGCAUUGUCAGCGCCUACAAACCAACCACCCACAAAGGAGACCAUCAGACCAUUGUCUUUUUGGAGCCUGGGGAGUCAAAGGACAUCUACAUGCCGAUUGUGCCAACGAUAAUCAAGGGCGAGUUCACUUUCCGUGUAAGCGCCUCGUGUUUCAUGGAGCGGGACGAGGUGUACAGGAAGGUUAAUGUACAGCCUGAUGGUGUGAGGAACUAUUAUCACACUCCAUACCUGAUUGAUCUCAUCACCUAUGCCUCCAUUAUCAUCCCUGACCUUGAUGUUCCGGUGCCAGAACAGUUUGUUGUGCCAGAGCAGCGAGAACACUUGUAUGUGCCUGGAUCAGCAGUAGCACAUCUCAGUAUUUUUGGUGAUGUGGUAACUCCUGGAUUUUUUGAGGACUACCUGAAUGCUGAGAACGUCUUGUGGCGUCCGUACGGGACCGGAGAGAACAUUGCCUUCAACUUUGCCUACAAUCUACUGACGUUGAGGUUCAUGAAGGCCAGUCAGCAGCUGAGUGAAGAGGCUCUCCAGAAAGCUCUCUACUACAUGAACAUAGUUCUACAGAGACAGAUGGGGUACAUGAAUGACGAUGGGUCAUUCCGCAUGUUCCGAGAUGAUCCAACUCCCAGUCUGUGGUUAACAGCCUUUGUGGCCAAGAGUUUGCAUCAAGGGAGGUUUGGAGAGUGGGAACGUGACCUCUUCAUCCCACUAGAGCUCAUCAAUAAGAUGGUGGUGUGGAUCUGUCGGCAACAAAAUGAGACUGGCGCCUUCCAUCCAGAUUACUCUGUGGCAUACGACAGGAAAAUGGCUUCUGGAGACAACAUCCUCAGCCAGAGACUAUAUGACGACCCGAUAUCGUUAACAGCAUAUGUUCUCAUUGCUCUGUAUGAAACUACAGAUGUUUCAGAGGAUGCUCUGGCAUGCCUGGACUCGUCAAGAGCCAGAGCAGCUAACUACCUGGCCAAUAAAGUGAAUUCCAUACCAUCCACAGCGACAUUCCAGUUAUCCAUCACAGCUUACGCUCUCUCCCUCAGUCAGGAGAAAAGUCGCACAGCCUUCGAUAAACUCUGGGAUACCAGGAGAACAAGUACGGAUACUUACUUUUCGGAUGCCGAAGUGCCUUCCAACCCAUCAGAAAUUGUAAACACUGUUCGUUUUCUGAAGCCUCGUCAGGAACUGCGCAAUGACGCUCACGCUACUCAAGCAACAGCAUAUGCUCUGAUGGCACACAUUAACAACAAUGGGGUCAAGUUUGAACGUGAUUCCAUGAUGCGCUGGCUACAGACAAUGAGGAACAGCAUUGGAGGCUUUACUUCCACACAGGAUACUCUGGUUGCCAUGGAAGCACUGUUCCAGUUCACUCAAGUUGACCCCAACAGAAAUGUGUUUGACAUGAUGGUGAAACUGGAAUCUACUGCCUCCCCUAACUGGUCCCAGACCGGAUUCUUCACCAAAGCCAACUACACAAAGUUACAGAAUGCCUAUCUGCCUUUGGUAUAUGGUGCCAUGAAGAUCCUGGCCCAAGGAACAGGUCGAGCCCUCAUGCAGCUAACAACCACUGUGAAUGUUGAAUAUCCAUGGCUGCUGAAACCAACACAGGAUGAACAGAAGUUCUUUGACCUGAUGAUUGACUACUACACUUUUACAGGAAGAAACGGCUCUAUCUUUGAGAUGUCUCCUUGUGUUAGCUGGGCGUACACUGAGAAGAGUCUGACCAGUGGCCUCGCUGUCCUGGAAAUCGACAUCCCUACUGGCUACAUGGUCAUGAACAACACACUGCGUGAAUAUGUUCAAUCUGGCAUUGUGCCCAAUCUGCGGCGAGCAGAAUUCUACGGCAGGAAAGUCGUAUACUACUUUGAAUAUCUUGACCAGAGCAAGACCUGUGUAUAUUUCCGGGCAGACCGUUGGUACCCAGUAGCCAAUGCCACCAUCCAACACCGCAUCAGGGUGUUUGACUACUAUGAACCUGGAAUGCACAAUACAUCGAUCUAUACGACCUACACCUUGUUCACAAUGAACAUCUGCUUUGCUUGCGGUUCCUAUCAAUGCCCAUAUUGCCCCUCAUUCAAUGUGGCUGCAAUCCUUCAAGCCAGCAUCUCAAUGACGGCUGUCAUGCUUGGAUUCAUCAUCAAACGACAUUUGAUAACAUGAUAAAGCAAAUGAGUUUGCAGUCUUGUCCUUAAGUAUCAGCUUGUUAAAUCUGUUAAUAAUAGUAUUAGAAGAAUACAUGUCCUUGUACAGUGUUUAAGGAUAUUUUAGACACUUACUAAAUGUGACUAGUAUUGUGUGGUUUUAAUCUCAACAGUCUUUGAUCAUAAAGGAGUCAAUGAAUGAAGCACAUAUGACCCAAAUAAUCAGGAAUAUUUGGUGCCUUCUUUCAAAAACAUGAAGUAUACCAUUUGUAUCCAUUGAUUUAAUAGUUUCAAAACAUCAUGUUUCAAGACCAAUUUGUGAAUACCAGGUGAUCUGCUCAUUGUCGUGUGGAAUAACAUCAAUUAUCCAACACUGGAUUUCACAGGAGAUAAUGCUGAUUAUUAAUGUUUACCAACUAAAACAUGUGGCAGCAAUUGAUUUUAUUAGGUGAAGAGAAUCACAUUGUCAUGUCUUUCUACAUCAAACAUUUUGAUACUGUAUCUCAUUUGAUAUAUUAGAGUUUUAAAUUUAUGUUAACUCUUUUUGACAUAUUUGAUGUUAAAGGACACACGGGUGAAAUUCUCUAUACACAUCUCAUUCGGCUCAACUGAGUUCUGAGAUCAGGUGUCCAUUUUAGUUCUGAUGUGCUCUGUGAGCCAUAGAGACAUUGUCACUUUGAAACAAACGCAAUUGUUUAGUAACUUUACUUCUGAUCCUUGUACAUAUAUAAACAUAGUUGGUUUCUGAAUAAUUCAGUUGCACCCCUGGUUCACCUUUAAUACCUUUUCAGUUGGUAAAAAUUGGGAGGUGCCUCCAGAUCUGUUCAUAUAUAAAUAUCUAGUUCACGUAACUAGGGGGAAAGAAUUUAUAUUGGUAAAUGGAUUUGAACUUGAUGAAAUAACAUGCUUGUGAAAAUUUAACUAAAUAAGUAUUGAUCUCUCUUAUAGAGUAUUUUGUCAGAUUCUCAACUGACAGAAAAUCAGUUCCUAAAUUGGUAUGUUAGGAUAAGGAAGCAUGUGCUUAGAGAGGUUUUGUGAAAAUCUAUCCAUGAAACAAACCACUUUAAUAUUCAUGUAGUUCUUGCCAGCUCUCUCUCUCUCUCAGAUGAUAACAACAAUAAUUAUCAAAGAAAUGUCCUGCUUAAUACACAACUGUGUGUAUAAUUUCAACAUGAUUAUCAUGAUGUAGAUAUAGAAACAUAUUGUGUGUAUAUACCUAAUACAAAAAUGAUUCAUGUUCAUUGUAUGAUAUUCAUAUGUACAUUGCAUUAGAAUUGCACAUCUAGCAGAAGGUGCUUAUAGGUUGAAAUGAAGAUUUAUAUACCAUAUCCAUUGACCCAACCUGAGUUUUGUCUUAAUGGCCUUGACAUUUUGUAUCAUCUCUGGCUUUUUAACUGGUAGGUUUGUGUGUGAAACUUUUAACCAUAUUGAUCGAUUGAUGAUUAAAAAAAGUUGGAAUGCAUUCUUCCGGUUGAUAAUUCUUUCCUUUGGUGAUAAAACUAUUGUAAAAUCUCUCUAAGUUGAUAAUGUGAUUUUUGUUCAACAAAAAAAGCCCAUAAAACUUAAGUGGCUCAAAUGAGUCAUUUUAUGGUUUCUAUAUUUCACCAUGGAUUAUUGUGUACAUAUGUCUAUUUUGUAAAAUGUCAUAACCUGAAAUGGAACUAGUGUAGAUAAACUGGCAGUUGCUAUAGGAAGGGUAGAAUCUGUAUCCUUCAUAGUUGAUUACAAAUACUGCAAGUCUGAUGUCACUGAAGGAAUUUACACCAUUAUUGUCAGAAUUGCAGAAUGGGACAUGCGAUGUACAUCAAGGUGAUGAUCAUUUAGAGAAAUCGUUAUUUGUCGAUCUUGAAGAAAUGUUUUAUUCAGAUCCAUUUUCCCCAUGAAAUCAUUUUAUCCAUACAAUGGCUGUACAUAGAAACAAACUAUUUUUUACCUGUAUCAGCAAAUAACUUUUUAUUAAAAAUCGAUUUUUAGAAAGUG